GAGAGAGAGAGAGAGGAAAAUCAGUGUCAAGUGGGAUCGCCAUGCAGCCGAGAACACAGUGCGCUCAGCAAAGCGCGUUGAUUUUGGUGACUGUGUGGUUCUGCGGUGCCUCAGCGACCAGAGUAAACAAGCACAAGCCAUGGAUUGAGACAUCUUACCACGGUGUGAUAACGGAGAACAAUGAUACCGUUCUGCUGGAUCCACCACUAGUUGCACUGGACAAAGAUGCACCUGUUCGCUAUGCAGGUGAAAUCUGUGCUUUUAAAAUCCACGGCCAGGGCGUGCCAUUUGAAGCGGUGGUUUUAAACAGGACAUCUGGGGAAGGCGUUUUGAGAGCAAAAAGUCCUAUCGACUGUGAACUUCAGAAAGAAUAUACUUUCAUCAUCCAAGCAUAUGACUGUGGAGCUGGACCUACUGGAACCUAUUCGAAAAAAUCCCACAAGGCAGUGGUGCACAUUCAAGUGAAUGACAUGAAUGAAUAUACCCCGGUGUUUAAAGAGACUGUGUACAAAGGUGCGAUCACAGAAGGGAAGCUGUAUGACAGCAUUGUGCAAGUGGAAGCAGUGGAUGAAGAUUGCUCUCCUCUUUACAACCAGAUCUGCAACUACAAGAUAGUGACACCUGACACACCAUUUGCCGUUGACAGGAAUGGUAACAUUAGGAACACGGAGAAACUGAGCUAUGACACGGAGCACCAGUAUAAAUUUCUGGUUACAGCAUUCGACUGCGGCCAAAAGAAAGCAACCGAAGAUGUAUUAGUUCACAUUGAAAUUAAGCCAGUCUGCAAGCCAGGCUGGCAAGGCUGGAAUAAGAGAAUGGAGUACGAGUCUGGUUCUGGGAGCAAAGCCUUAUUUACCAACAUUCACCUGGAGACCUGUGAUGAGCCCGUUUCCUCUAUCCAGGCGGCAAUAGAGCUUCAGACAAACCAUAUCGGAAAGGGCUGUGACCGUGAUACUUACUCUGAGAAAUCCUUGCAAAAAAUGUGUGGCGCGUCUUCUGAAAGCAUUGACUUGCUCCCUGCUCCAUUUGGUUUGUCAAAUUGGACUACUGGGUUGCUGACAGAUAAUGGGCACGAUAGCGACCUGAUCUUCAGGUUUGACGGCAAACACGCAGCAAAGAUUCCCGAUGGGGUGAUGCCCAAGAAUCUCUCCAAUCAUUUUACCAUCACGACAUGGAUGAGGCACGGGCCUAGCCCAGGACUAAGAGUGGAAAAGGAAACCAUUCUCUGCAACUCUGAUAAAACAGAAAUGAAUCGCCAUCAUUAUGCGCUGUACGUCCACAACUGCCGCUUAGUGUUCUUGCUUCGUAGAGAUUUCGACCAGAUUGACACUUUCCGACCAGCUGAGUUUCAUUGGAAACUAGAGCAGAUCUGUGACAAAGAAUGGCAUCACUAUGUUGUUGAUGUUGAAUUUCCCUUGGUGACGUUAUAUGUGGAUGGGGUGGUAUACGAUCCAUACCUGGUUACAGAUGAUUGGCCAAUCCACCCAUCGCACAUUGACAUGCAACUAACUGUUGGGGCCUGUUGGCAAGGUGGCGAGAUCGUGAAGCCUCGAUUUGCCCAGUUUUUUCACGGUAGUCUUGCUGGCUUGUCUAUUCGACCGGGCAAGAUUGAGAGCCAGAAAGUUAUCUCCUGUCUGCAGGCCUGCAAGGAGGGCCUAGAUAUAAAUUCUUUGGAGACACUUGGCAAGGAAAUAAAGUUUCACUUCAAUCCAGCUCAGUCAAUUGUGGUGAUGGAAGGAGAAGACAUUGACAUUAUAAAUCGAGCAAUGCAGCAGGUAGCAUACAUCAACUCAAGACAGUUUCCAACACCUGGCAUUCGACGCUACAAAAUUUCAACUGUAGCCCAGUGUUUUGGUGAGGACAAUUGCAUCAGCAUCGCAGACAUAGAUGCGUACAUUGUUGUUCUUCAGCCUGUUGAACCCAAGAUUACAGUGAGUGGAUUGGACCAUUUCUCGAGACCGGCCUCGGAGUUUGAAAGCACCAGAGGUGUCCUGCUGUUCCCAGGCCUCAGGAUCAUCAGCACAGUUAAAAAAGAGCCGCAGUCUGAAAGAAGGCUCCACACAGGGGCCAAAGUCCGUCAACCAUCUGCUGCAGAAGAAAUUGUUCACAACUUGGAUUACUGUGAUAUUUUGAUAAUUGGGGAUGAAUUGAAUUCCGAACAGGAGUGCCUGGAACUGGAAUCGACUGAGCUUCAUGGGAAGCAUCUGGAAUUCACAAAUUCCACCGCAGGAAUGUCCAUUUAUGGUGUGGAUUCCAUGGGAAACUAUGAACACGUGCUUCGCAAAGUGAGGUAUCGCAACUGGCACACUGCCUCCAUUUUCGGGCGGAAGUUCAGGCUAACGUGCUCAGAGCUCAAUGGUCGCUACACAAGCAAUGAAUUUAGCUUAGAGGUGAAUGUUCUCCACAACAUUAAUCUCAUGGACCACGCUAAUCAUGUGGUUGUUCAGCCCCAGUUCCUCCAGUCUAUCCAUCAUUCGCUACCUGGUCUCACAGGUCAUAACCUUAACGCUGCACAUAACUCAGUUAUUCCAAGUGCUGCCACUAUUGUCAUUGUAGUGUGCAUUAGUUUCCUGCUCUUCAUCAUUGUUCUGGGAGUCUUUAGGAUUCGAACAGCCCACCAGCGCUCCAGUCGAGAAAAUGAGGGUGGGAAAGACAGCGAGAUGGACUGGGACGACUCUGCCCUGACUAUUACUGUUAACCCCAUGGAGAACUACGAAGACCAAGAACACAGUGAGCAGGAAAGCGAGGAGGAGGAGGAGGAAGAGGAAGAGGGAGAGGAGGAUGAUAUCACAAGUGCUGAUUCUGAGGAUAGUGAAGACGAGGAGGAAGCUGAUCAUGAAGAGGAUCAGCAAAAUGUAACCCGGAGAGAACAGCUUGAGUGGGAUGAUUCAACACUCCCUUAUUAAGCAGCCACUCAGCCCGAGGGCUUUCAGAAUAGAUUUUGGUGUCCAGCAAUGCUUGGAAUGUGAUAUGAUUGGAAUUUAUUUAAAUUUCUGUUGCUGGUAAUGUGUGAGGAACUUUCAAGGUUUUUUUUCUGGAAAGUUAAGAGAGUCAGUGAUGUUUCAUCACCUGGGUCCAAAAAUUGACAUUAAAUAGUUAUAAUGCCCGUCUUUCUUCUAUCAUUUCUGGAUGUUCCUUUUGUGGUUACCUGAAUGUUUUAUCUUCGCACCAAGAACUGUUAACUUUGUGAAUUCAUGUACUGGUACCUGUAACUGAAACAUUUUCUGAAGUACUUUUAUUUAUUUAUAAUAAUGACAACAAAAAAAGAAGUAAUUUCUAUCUCCGUCGAGUCAGGCCUGACCUGGAGCAUAACGAAAACAGAUUAAAACGAGAAGUUAAACAUUUAUAUUUGGUUAUGUAAAUACCAUAUUUAAAAAAAGAAAGGUUGCACUUGUUAAACAAUGUCUUUACUGGGGAUAAACUGUUGAACGAAAGGAACAUGAAGUUCUGUGGUAAUUGCUUUCCGUAACUCAUGUUUGUACAAGGUCUCAAAAUCCACAAACUGUUUAUGCUGUUGAGAUAUCUAUAGAAUUUAAAGCCAAACAAGUAUUGUUCAGAUUAAAGAUACAAAUAUAUUUUACUUGUUUAACUGGGGCACCAUCUUCAAUGAAAAAGUGUUUUCUGUACCUUUUUUUAAUUAGACAACUAAUGUGAGUCAUUUUCAACGCAGGUGAUGUAAUGGUGUGGUUGUCAACACAUGAACUUUCGAACUAGGAGCGGUUUGAGAUACACUUUCUGAAUGAAGAUGGCACCUCUCUAAGUUUUCAAAAGAAGAGAAUUAAAGUGGAAUAUGCAUUUAUAACGUGUAGCUAUUCCGUAAGGGUCACACUGACAAAAUGAGUCUCGUGCAACGGGCCCUGGUUAUAUGAUGAUGUGAUAUAACAUGAAAUGCAGUGGAUGCAGCUUUAUUUCAUGUCGGAUUUUUAUAGCCUACAAACUGGGGUGCAAUUUAGAGGAUUUGUUAGCUGCCCACAGAUAUGGCUUUUACAUCCCAUACCAGAUAACAGGUAUCAGUGGGUAAUGGUUUUAUAGCUUUCAUCAUGUUGCAUGAGUAUCAUGCUAGGCUUCACAGUCUUUGGAGAGUCCCUUUUCUGAUAAGUUUUUUUUAAAAAACUACAUGCUAUUUAUUGUAUCGAGUAACAUUUGAAUUAAAUUGAGUUCAGGCAAGAUUAAUAAAUCCUCGUAACUGAUGUCUGAAAUAUAUGUGGUGCCAUCCCUGUAAUUUAUUUUCAUUCACUGUAUUAACUAAGAGUCUUACGUAUCAUUGCAGUGAAGCUUUUUUAAAACAAAUAAUUACGGAAAAUGUGAGCCACUUUGAUGGAAAACACAUCACCCAGUGGAGUCUUAAACACUGGGUGACUCUCAGUUGGAGGGAGGUGUGGGGGAGGGGAGAGAGAAAAUUAGCUGGAGUACCCAGUCUUGACCAUUAUUGAGAGAAUAUCUACUGGAAGGUUCAUGUCUGUGUUCAGGAUUGGGCUUUGCUCUGAUGUUCCCUGCUGUCGUAUAGUCUGCCAAUACCUACUGUUCAGGCUGACACAUGAAUAAUGGCCACUUGGACAACCUACCAGUGGGCAUCAAUAAAAAGGUCAAAAGCAUCUUCAAGAGAGGAAAGCAGCAAAUUGGAAGAGAAAAAUUGGUAAAAAUAAGUUUAAAAUCUAAGAAAUUGUAACAUGAGGAAUAUUUUUAAGUCUGCCAAAAUUACAGUAAAUCUAACAAAAAAAUUGCGACAGAAUUACAAUUUUAAUUGUAUUAACUAAGAGUUAACAAUUUUAGUUCUAAAUAUGGACUCAAGGAUUUGAAGGCUAAAAGUCAAAGUUGUUUCCUGGACGUUGACCACAAACAGUCCUGUUAUUAUUUAAUGUUUCAUUUAUCAAUAUAAAAAAAUAAAGUAUGUACAGAAAAGGUAUGUAUUUACCAUGAUGUCCAUAGCUGUGAAUUAGGAAUGCAAUUAAUUUCACCAUGCACUUGCGAAACCACAUUUGAGAAUCAUGACAAAUUGUUCUGGAACACCCUUAAAGUUUUCACCAGGAGUUUCCUUUUCUCAUGACAGGAACCCCAGUCACUCUUCGGGUGUAACGCUUACAUUCCCAGAGAGUGUUAACUCUACGAAGGUUUGAUGAGUUACAAAAUGGCACACUGGGUAGCAAAGGUCAGAAUUCCUUCUUUCUUUCUAGCCUGCCAUUCAGUUAGUCUGCCAUCACAAUCCCUGCAAUGCUGAAAUGAUGCUGGUCCAGGUUUCACCAAGAAUAGCUUCCAAAUAGCUUCCAAUUCUUCACAGCUGUUUGAGCAGAAUAACCCUGACUGCAGAAAAAUGAACAACUAAUCAAAAUUGACUUUUAGAUCUGGACAUUAACCUUUGUUUGACUGGGGACACUGAACUGAAAUCUAUAUACGUAUAUAUGAUAUAUUAAAAAAAGUCUCUAAAUAGGUUGACUCGUGUUGUUCCAUGGCUGAUAGGUUUCCAUUCUACUUUGGAAUAGGAAUAAGAUUUACUGAUUUGGUGAUUACAAAAGGGACAUUUGGAGCUGUAUCUGUGUGUCAUUGAUGUUCGGUCAGUCUGAGUGGGUCUUGUAUUCAGAGCUGUGUGUCUUCAUGUAAUUGCUCAUCUAAACCCAAGUAACCCUGUGUUGAUUGAGCAUCAGAUAAAACUAAAAGGCCAUUCUUUUUAAAUAAACAGUUUGGAGAAAUUCUUUCAAGGCUACACUGAGCUAGUUUCCAGAACCGGUGUCUUCACUUGCAAGCAGUGCUAGGCUGCUCAAUUCAUCACAUUGCCUUUUUAUAUCAUGGCACAACUUAUCUGUAAUUUAGCAUAAGUAUUGCUGCCUAAGAUAAAAGGGUCUUCAAAUAAAAUCAAUGCUUCUGUUACUUUGCACAUAAUAAUCCUUGAGUCAUCAAACUAGAUAGCAUCAAUCUUUAUAUCAGUCCUUGUACAUUAUGGAGAGGAUUGCAAAUCUUGGAUGAAAAUGCACAAAAAAAAUUCUCUUAAGGAACACUCAAAUGCGACAAAGAAGUCAAGUACCAAGUGAAUAAAUACAAAUUGAGACACAUGUACAGUGGCGUACAUCAUUUUCAUUAAAACAGUGAAAGGGUAAGAGCGUUGUUAAGUGGACAGGAGCUUGUAAUUGACUUAAAUAUUAAGGAUGCUGGUUUGGGCUCUGGACCUGAAAUUAUGAUGGAAAUUCUAGUUUUAAAAUGACUGUCAUUUUGGGACUCACGACUUCAGAUACCGAAUGGAGUUCUGUGGCCUGGUAGAAUAAUUAACCAGGUUUAGAAUGGCAUGGAAAGAUCAUUCUUCAUCGAAGACGAGGUGCAGGGCACAUUAUGUAAAGUUAAUUGAUGUACAUGAGUGUUUAUCAUACUGUAGCUGUGCACAGGUUUCUCAAGACCCAUGGGUACAAAAGAUACAGGACAUUUGACUGUUGUACUUGUGAGAAUUGUUAAAUAACUAAUAGCUCAUCAAUUGGCAUUACUUACCCUGCUCUCAAAUAUAGUGCUAAACCGGAUAUGAAUUACUAUUAGUUUACAGCAAAUCCAUUCAAGAGUCUGCUCUUAUACUUGGUUUAAAUUUGCUGUGAGCAUCCCAGCAGUGUAGCGAUCUCACUUGGGAAGAUAGACUGGCUCCACAUCGCUUUCAAUGAAGAAGGGGAGAAUUUCUUCAUUUGAUGUUCGGUGUGCAGGUACUUUGGUGUAUGUCGUACCUUAGGACAUUCAUGCAACACUAAAUUCGAGUAUCAUUUUUUUAUAACAUGGCUGGCUCUUUAAUAGCUUUGAAAGUACACUGUUCACAGUUUCAUUCCCAGGGCAAUGGACCUCAAAAGAGUCUCAGUUGCUAAUCAGUAGACUCCAGCACAAAUGUCCUUAUAUUGGAUAGCAUUUGUUUUGGUCUAUUAUCAGUAAGUUUAUUUUAAUUCCUUCCAUCAUAUCAUAUAUUCUGUGGACGUAUCCUUAAUGCACUGCUAUGAAAGAAUGAUGCAAGCACCAUGAUCAGUAACUAUAGUGAACAUAAUCCUAGCAACAGCCCCUGAGAGCUGAAAAAGAAAAAAACACAAAGCAGAUUUAGGUUACUUUUCAACUGAUCAAAUCCUAGUUGACCACACCAGUACUUCACUAAAACUUAAUCAAAUAAUUGUUGCUCGUAUGUAGACUACAUGUAUAAGGGGAAAAAAAUAAUGGUUUGAUUAAUGCUACUGUUAUAACUUCAAUCUUAAAUCUUACUGGUAUUGUAACUUGUCAUUUUAAUAUUUUUUAAGCAGCUUAAGAUUCGUCAUCUUGUACAGUAUAAAAUGAAUGCCUGUUAUUGUAAUGCUGCUUUUUUCUAUGUCGAAAUAAAUCUGUGUAAACUUCUAGCUUGUCAUCAGCUUUGCCUGCAAAUAUCAGUCCAUCGAUCUGAUGGUGAAUGUCUGCGAUUGGCAGAUAUUAUUCCCAUGAUUUUGUAAAAUCCUUUAGGUGACAAUCUAUUGGUUGUAGUGUAAAAUGACUACUAUUCCAAAGAGGCUAACUAGUUUCUACAAUACAACCAAGAUAGCACAGUCGUAGUUGAAAAGAAAAUGUAAAAUACUUUUGAGUUUGAAAUAAAAACAUUUGC